GUUGAAAAAGCGAAAACGUAUAGUACGGACGCCGGGCUAUGAUCGGAGGCAAAUUUUGAGGAAAAGAAAAAUCAAUCAGACACACACUUCGCGUUUACAAACACAGUGGAAGUGCAAGUAAAGGAAACCCAUAGUACGCACGGGUUCGUGGUUUAUGCCGAGAAGAGCUCGACAAAAACGAAACACGCGCACUUGGCCCACUUUUCGCUGAAACUGCAAGAAGUGUACGUUGAAGAAAGAGAACCACCGAUACGCCAGGUCGCGGAAUUGUCCGGUUUUGCCCUCGUUGCAACGAAACGCACUGCCGUUGGCCGUGAAGUGAAAGUUUUCUACCUCGCCUACUGGGCCCCGUCACAGCGUGCGUGAGAAAGCAUCGGCGUGCGGUGUCUCGCGGAGUGCACUCGUAACCGGUCCGUGCGCUGGCGUGUAACGCGUAGUACGCGAAUAUCGAUUUUCCGAGCCAAAAGAAAUUCGAAGCGACGCGCGUAGAAAAAAAAGGUUUGAAUACGUGACAUCGGCCACGGCGACGUUACCAAAACAAUCAUCCACAGUGCACAAGUUGAGCGAGGGAUAGCUACGCGCGCUGCUCAACCGGAUAGUUUUCGGUGCUCCUGAGAGUUUAAUCAAUACGAGCAGCCGGCAAAGAUAACCCCGCAACCAUGGCUUUCAUGAUGCCCGUGAUGAAGAACGAGUUCGAUAUCUACAAGGGCCGGCAGCGGCGGAUAUCGGAGUGCUCGAACCAGACCAACUGCCGUUCGCGAAAGGUGUCGGAAAGCUCGCGCUCGGACGGUCCCAGCCUCUCGACAUCGCCAGGUAACGAGGGCGGCGGAGGUUUCAUGUCGGCCGGUUCGCCCGCCCACCGCAGCCACCCGAUGUACAUGUCGCACCUCGCUUCCCGGUCACAGUUUUCGCGCAACUCGUCCCGCACCUCGCAGAGCUCGCUGAUUGCUUCGAGCCCGUCGAAGGCGAGCAGCGGUUGCAGUCCGCCGAAGGGCGGGGCCACCAGCGGUAACGCGGUGCCAUCCGCCGCCGCCGGUAGCCAGAGCAGCCUCAACAAGUUCCACGUCCGGUUGGUCGACAAGCUGCGGAAGUCGCUCCGCAAGAGCAAAUCGACCGACAGCCGGUCAUGAGAAGCCAACGGUGGUGCCGAAGAAGAUCCCGAUCCGGACGCCGGCGAUGCUGAUGUGGAUGGUGCUGGCCAGCACGGAGCUCGCCGUCGCGGCCGGAAACGAAGAGACGAAGGAGAGGACGAAACGGACGCAGCCCGCGGGGGGCAGGUGGUUGGCGUGUGUUCGGACAGUGUGCUCCACGUCCAUCAGCAUGCGAAGCCUCCACUACCGCGACAACGAAGCAACACUCCGGUACUCCGCACCAGAAGGGGUACGUUCAGUGCCCCACGGUAACUUUGGUGGCAGGUUCGGCGGAAGUGUUCCGAAAAAUUCACGCCAUCAUCCACAGCUUCAUCGCCUACUGUUGCGUGCGAGUGCAACGAAGAGACACAUUAACUACCGAAAACGGGUUAACACCAGACAAAACACACUACACGCAUACCCCGCAGUUCAGCUGUUAAGUUCAUUUGGAGCGCAGUCCACAGCAAGGGAGGUUGCCGCGUACCAGCACACCGGAAUCACGGGGGGGGAGCCGCGUCGUAGGAUGUUAUGUUGUGGCGCAACGAAACUACUUUUAACGCUCGACGGCCUCCUUCGAUCCAACCUAUAUAGUACGUAGUAACUAUAAGCAACAUAAGUGAUGCUUAGCAUCGAGACACACAAUCUACCUGUGCGUCAGCAGCUUUAGUGGAUUAAUUAAGGCUUUUCUCUAGACUUAAGAAAGUCAGGCUAAAGAUGAUCUAUCCCACGUGCUUGUGGUUAUGCACUAUGUAUCAAUGUCCUUCAAAUGCCGAGCGCGCCCUUCUGUUGUGGCCGCGACCUGCCUUAUGUUCCUCGAACUUUGCACGGUGACACACGAAUGCUGGGGUUGAUUUUCGGUCCCCUUUCGAUUACUACCUUUUUACGCGGGUGUAUCCUUUUUCUGUUGUUGGUUUUCUCUUUCACUCACGCACUGCACACGAAUUGCGCAGCACUUUUAUCCAUCUCUUGACGGCGCCGCGAACACGCACAGGAAAAGAACCGUUAGUGGCCGACCGACGGCUGUAGGUAGGCAAUAAUAAUAAUAAUAGGGACCGAUAAUGCAUCAUUUCUAACAUCAUCAUCAUUUAGGCUGGAAAGCUAAUCAGAAAUUAAAUAGUCAAAAAUUGACGUUUUUUUGUUGAGAAUACGCGAGAGCUCACAAAACAAAGACCUUGGACUUGAGGACGACACCCGACACGCUCGCCGGCCGGGUGAAACCCUAAUCCCGUAGCGAAACGGGCUGGUGAUAAAUCAAAUCCAAACCUGUGAUACUUCUGCGGAAUUGUUCAUAAUUUUGUAUUUGAUGGACACGGACGAAGUGUAGAGUAGCAGAGCCCUGCGGUCCUGGGUGACUUGUGCUGCUUAAAUCGGUUCGUACAAAUUCAACCAACAUUUGUCUUCGCUCUUUCUUGCACACUUUCUUAAUCCCAUGAGUGCGGCCCAAACUCCGCUGCACCUUUUAUUUGCGUUCCUAUGAGCGGCCAUGAGGGCUGGGAGAGUUUUACAUUCUCUGUUUAGCAGAAGCAAAACCAUGAGUUGCGUUCAGAAGACACACAUUUACAUAACUGUGAUUUAUCGAUUAUUGUAACAUGAUAUUGUGAAUGCUUUUACGUACAUUACCCAAAUAGAACAUUUAUCGUCUAACAGGAACAGUGCAGGGGUUCAAGCGGAAGGGCUGAGGCAUCCAAUAAACUGUAAAAUUGAAAAAAAAAAACUUAUAACACUGUAGCAGUGCGCGCGGAUCAUAAAUAGUGGCAAAACAAAUUGAUACAGAACUUUGUUUGAAAAAAAUCCUGAAUGGACGAAUCGAUUAGUCAGAAACGCAGGGAGCAGGGGCAGUGACGCCAGAAAACCCGGUUCGAUCCAACAGCAGGCAGUCUCCACCGCGAAUUGUUAUGCAAACAAGGCCCCCACGGUCGGGGGUGUGUUCCGUUCCGAAUCGAUAUUCGAAUUAUGCUGCAACCCGCGUGUGGUGUGGAUUCGAUUCGAUUUUUAAGUUUCACAUUCUCCCGGCGCCUUUCGAUCGCGAGGGUAGCAAAUAAACAAACACAUCAGGUAGUGCGCCAGGGUUCGCGCAUUCGCGGAUGAGCUGAGCAGAUGCAGCUGGGCCGUUGUUUUGGGCUGGAGACCAGAUACGGUUACGCUUAAAUGAAUACCACGAAGCAAAUAUAUAAAUUUAUCUACCUAUAUACACACAAACGUAUCAGAUUAUACUAUUUCUACAAGCGCACGGACGAAGGCCGUGAAAAGUAGAAAACAAUAUGGAACCCCUGCGUUGGCCCAAACCACAGACGAAAACCGAGACCGACUGGGCGCCGAAGUUUCUAUUGGUAGCUUUUCACGGGUCGGUUGCGUGACAGACAAUUUGCGCGCUUCGUGCGGUCAUUUGUUUUUAUUAGUUUUCCACCCGCGUCCGCCAGGUCUGCCAGGCGGUGCCAGAGAAAAUCGGUUUCGCUUGGUAUUUUCUGGUAACAUAAACGCGAAAAUGCAAUUGCGUAGUGCGGAGCCGUAUUUCGGUUCGGUUCGGCCCGAACCGGUUAUUGGUGGCCGUUGCGGGUUAUGAUGUGAUUGCGCGGCGCACGCGGCGCAGUACGGCACUGAUACGGUGCUGAAGAAGGAUCAUUGACCACCAGCUGUGUACGCCGAGGGGCGCCCGCGCUCUGUCGCGAUUAUCCUGAUCGGCGAUGAGAGAGGUUCCUGACCACCACUAAUUGGUCGUAUGGUGAGAUUUUUCAUCUCAGCCAACCCGCUUGGAAGCAUAUCCACAGACCAGCCCAUCACUGGUUAAACCCACAACGGCCCCAAACAAAACAGGGUGCCAGAUUUAGCGAAAUAGUGCUACACCAAACCCGUGGGUUUCAAUACAUCCUUUCACCGUACCGUAAAAGACUGCUGCUGACUUAAGAAGGAAGAUAAACAUGAACCAUUAGUCCCUCAUUUUACAUUUAUAGUUGAGCUAGGUUAGUGCUGUUUGGACAUUGUGCUAGCAAAAUCUAUAUGAAGACACACUGUUGUGUAGGGUUAAGAUAGCGACCAAGCUCUGACACACACAUGCACGCGGUGUGGCGCACGUGCGCGGGCGAUAAGCGUCUUGGCAUUACGUUCGCGGCGAGAGAGACGGUACCUUACAGGCGUUGCAUUAGGAAUCAGGCGCAAUAUAGUGUCCAUCGUUUCAUUUCAUCAUUGCGGGGCGUUCCGCUUGUACUAUCUUUAGAAUUCGCGGCCAUUCAAAGACUCUGCGGCUGCCUGAAUUUUACGGAGAAAACAUUUGCAGAAAUCGAUCACAGCACGGCCCACCAGAGGUGGGUGAAUAUAAAACACGGCCCAUCUGUUCGUCCGAGAUGAAUCAUCAACCUAAUUUUAGUAGCUUUAAACCACAUUCCACGCUUUUUGCCAAAUUUUCUCGAAACCCCUACAGUCCGCGAGUGAGAUGGCGCAUCCCGUGUGGGACGCUAGUGGGCGAGAAAACCCACCUUUAGUUGAUUUUUCGUGAAAGAACGAAACAAUAAAGAGGGCUUAUAAAAACACCGUUCUUCCUCUCUCGCUCUCGUGUGCCUCGUCAUAACGUAAACGUUUGCUAGCAUAAUUGUUUGUAGAUCAACUUUAGUUCUAAACACCAUAAGGGACUUUAACACUGUUUGAGAACAGGAAUUGCGUUAAGUGACCAGUUAGUUUGUAGUACAACCUUACCUACCUACUAUCUGUCUCUCUUUCUCUACUGUUACCACAGAGCCAUCAUGCGAAAUAUGCCGCAGUGGACCACAACACAAAACAGAACACUACAUAAUCAAAAGUAAGGUACACUAUGUAUUGUAUGAAUAUUAUUGAACCCAAUAAAAUAAUGGAACUGUUGUUCCGCAAACUUUGUAA